AUGGCGUCGUCAUCCGCACUACCGCCACAGAGGUCGUCGGCCGUGAUCAGCGACGACUGCGACAUCGCAUCGCGGCUAAACGCGUCGGCGGAGGCGGCGAUGGGGAACGCCGAGCUCGCCGCGCGGUGGGCGACGCGGCGCGUCGACGACGAGAGGCCCGCGUCGCCCGCGUCGCCCAAGAAGUACGACGUGUUCAUCAACCACCGCGGGGUGGACACCAAGCACAACGUGGCGCGCCUCCUGUACGACCGCCUCGAGCACCUCAGCCGGGGGCGGGUCCGCUCCUUCCUGGACAACAAGUCCAUGCGCCCCGGCGACAGGCUCCACGAGAGCAUCAACGAGGGCAUCAGGCAGUGCAGGGUCGCCGUGGCCAUUUUCUCCCCGCGCUACUUCGACUCCGACUUCUGCCUCCACGAGCUCGCCAACAUCGUGGAGUCGCGCAAGCUCCUCAUCCCCAUCUUCUACGGCAUCAAGCCCUCGGAGCUCAUCCUGCCGCAGGAGGUGGUCGACUCCCAAACAUUCAUGCCCCGGGACAUCGACCGCUUCAGGUUCGCUCUCAAGGAGGCCAAGUACACCGUCGGCCUCACCCACGACCCCGCCAAAGAUGACUUGGCGGACCUGGUGUUAACGGCAGCGAACGCGGUGAUGGAGAGGAUUCAAGAAACGGAACAGCGCGUGCCACAACGCCAGAUGAUCCUUUCGAGGCUGUGA